CCAUAAUGUAGUUCUACUUUUUCAGGGUUAUUCAAUUUAAGGAAUCAUGUUCUGUUUUCUACUACUUGUUUUGAUUAUUGUAUCAUGCCUGAUAACUUUCCUUUAUGUUUACAUUUCUUACAACUAUGAUUACUGGAAGAAGAAGAAAGUUCCUUUCAUCCAACCGAGUUUUCCAUUUGGCAAUUUUGGUGAUGUCAUAAUGGGAAGGAAAUCAUUCAUAGAUCUUUCCAUAGAACAGUACAGACAGUUUCCAAAUGAAAGAUAUUUUGGGGUUUUUGAUUUUGGCACUCCUGUUUUGGUGAUAAGAGAUCCUGUGAUUGUAGAAAAACUCUUGGUUUCAGACUUUCCAGUAUUUUGCAACAAAAGGGUCGACUCAAGUAGUAUGAAUAAUGAAUUCUUUGCCAAGUUUCUCGGAGGUAUGCAGGAUCAAGAUUGGAGAGAUUUGAGAAUGAAACUCAACACAGCUUUUUCAUACAACAAGUUGAAACAGAUUUUUGAUAACAUUUCUUCAAAUGCCGAUGAUUUGGUUUCAAAGAUAAACGUAUACCACAGUAACAAUGAAGAAGCAACUGCUAAAAGCUUAUCGUCUCUGUUUUCAUACAAGGCCAUCACAAGUAGUCUCUUUGGUUUUGAAUGCGACGAUUCAUUCUAUAAUUUGCUUAUGAAUACGUCUAAGAAAACCUUCAUCAGAUUUAACAUUUUAGAGUGUGUAUUCACAGUAUUUUUUUAUGUGCCAAAACUAGUGAAUUUGCUAUUCUACAUACCGAGUGUGAAUAAGGUUCUGAAGUUCUACAAAGAUUUGAGCUUAGCUGCUGUGAAAGCCCGCAAGGACAGUUCAGGUAGAAGAAGUGACAUUCUUCAAAUUUUACUCGAUUUAAAAAACAAUGAGUUGAAAAACAACCGAGAGAAUCCUUUGCAUUCAGACAAAACUGGAAAAGAUCAAAUCUUACCCCCAAAAUGUACAAUGACUGGUGAUUAUUCCAAAAGUGACGAAGAUGGCUUCAUCACAGCUCAGGUGUUUUCUUUUAUGUGUCUUGGCGCCAACGGCCUCACCACAGCAUUAGCAGUGUUACUGACUGACUUAGCAUCCAAUCCCUCGGUACAGACCAAAGUCCAAGCAGAGAUUGACGAAAUGUUGAUAAAAACCAAGGAAAUCAGCCCUAAUACUUUGCAGCAAUUAAAAUACCUCGAUGCAGUUAUUCAAGAGUCUCUGCGUUUGAAUCCUGGGUUUGCCGGGCCCCUAAGGACCUGCUCAUCCCCCUACACUCUGCCAGGAACAGACCUAGUUCUGGAGACAGGAACAACAGUGAUGAUUCCAACUUGUGGCAUCCAUCUGGACCCAAACAACCAUCCAGAUCCGGAACUCUUCCUUCCAGAACGCUUCAUUGACAACAAUUUCAAAACAAGUGGUGCAUAUUUGCCUUUUGGUGCCGGACCGCGUAUUUGUCUGGUUUAUAGACUGGUUAUCCUAAUGCUGAAGGUGGCAGUAACUAAAGUGCUCUGCAAGUAUUCACUAAGGCUCAGUCCAAACGCUAAACUUCCAUUACGCUACAAAGCCUCAUUCUUGGGCAUUCUUGAGGAUGAAUUAUGGCUGAAGUUCGAACCAAGAAUUUCUAUUAAGUCUAUGAAUACAAGUGAAUAA